GCGAGGAACGACGGAAGAAGAAGAAGAGGAAGCGCGAGAGAAGGAGAAGAAGGAGAGGAGGAAGCAGGAGUUCGCCGGGAAAGAGAAGGGUGCCGGCGUCGUCGUCGUUGGCGGCGGCGGCGGAAAAAGCAGAGGAGGCGGCGGAAGAGGAGGAGGAGGCGGUGGCGGCGAAGACGAGGGAAAAGAAAGAGGAGGAGAAGAAGACCGAGAAGGAGACGGCAAAGGCAAAGGAAGUGGAGAGGCGGUGGUGGUCGGUGGCGGACAAGGUGGGGAGCAUUAGAAGAAGGAAUACAUAGAGAAAAGGCAGCUGUAGUAGGGGUACCGGAGAGACUACACAGUGUGCAGAAGCUGAGGCAGCGCACUGAGCCACGAGGGGCUAUUCGAGCGAGAAGGGGAGGGUGACAAGAAGCACUGGCGGGGAGGGGACGCGGAGGCCUUCGGGGGGCCGACCAACCAGACGGCCGAUGAUGUCAUCGGAGGAGGAGACCGAGUGUUUCGCCCUCUACGGAGCAACCACGGAAAGCAAGCAACAGCAACUCCUGAAGAAGCAGAAGCGCACCAGACAGCGCGUGGACGCCGGCGAGCCGCGCAACAGCUACUCGAGUAUACCGAACUUUAGCUCCCGGCCAUCCUUCCUCGGUGGUGGUCUAUACGGCUCGAUCUUCAGUGGUAGUGGACCACCGUCGCAUCAACAAUCGCCGCAACAGCAGCAGCAACCGCAGCAGCACCACCAGUCACAAUCGCAACAACAACAACAACAACAACAACAGCUCCAGCAGCAACAGGCUGGAGCGGCUGGCAGCCAAAGUCAUUUAGGUACAGCUACGACGGGUCCUACAACCCAGCAGCAUUCCGCCCACGCGGCCUUCGGCUUCUUCGGGGCUCCGGGCUUCGGCCCCGCCAAGAUGCUGAACGAGUUAUUAGGAAGGCAGGUCAAACAAGCCAGUGACGCUGGCGGAUCACCGCCAGAGGGCGGUCACGGGAUGACCGGUGCCGGCAUGGAUUCCGCCUCGAAUUUGCAACCGGGCGCCGUGGUUAAUUGCGAUGAUCCUGCUACGGCCGACCUCACGCAGCACAUGUUACGCGACAUGCUUCUGCAGGGCCGCAAACUCUCCGCUCUCGGCGUGCAGGAGCAGCCGAACAAUAACAACAGUAUACAUAAUAACAACAAUAAUAAUACUACCGCGGAAUUACUUAAAUCACAGCAUCAGCAGAGUCCCCAACAGCAUCAGCAGCAAAAUAGUGAUAGUGCGCGCAGUGGAACAGUGCAGAGUGGCGGGGAGGAGAGUGGUGAUGGUAAUAACGUCGUGAAUAGCGCGAAUCACAGUGAUCGUGAUACCGUGAUGCCGGGCGAUGAUGAGGACAGCGCUGAGGAUGCUGCUUCCGCGGCACGCGCGAUGGAGGAGGCCUUUGCCGAAGCCGGUAUGGAACCAGGGGCGAACUUGGAUGGAUCGGAUUGCGAGCAGAGCCUACCUCCUAGCCCAACGGCACCAAGAUCGGGCUCGGUCUCCGUUAAAGAAGAGAUACAAGAGUCGAUGAAUAUCAAACGUAGCCCCAGUCACUCUCCUUGUCCGAUCGUGCCAAAAACCGAAACGAACUCUCCAACGACAGAGAUUAAACGCGCUCGUGUGGAGAACAUCGUCAGCACGAUGCGCAGUAGUCCAGCGCUUCAGCCGGCAACGGUAAACGGUUGCAAGAAGCGCAAGCUCUAUCAACCUCAGCAACAGACGGUGCAUCACGUUCUUCAGCAUAGUGUCAAUGAUACCAUGAUGGACGACGAAGACGAGAGCGAAGAGGAGGAGGAUCCGGCGACGAUCAGACAGAAACGGGAGGAGAAAGAUAAUUUGAAGAUACAAUUAAAAAUGUUGCACGAGCAAUUGGCGGAAAUGCAACAAAAAUACAUGGAACUCUCCAGUAGAAUGGAGCCAGAUACAAGUGAGAGCGGUGACGCGCCACCCAGUCCUCCACCUCAACCACAACCACCACCAAGACCGCCACGACCUCAUCCACCGCCGUACACCAACGGCCUCCCGACUCUCCCACCCGAUCACCCCCACGCAGCAGCUGCUGCUAUGUAUCACAUGGGGCAUAAACUUUACUUUGAACAACAACACGCUGCCCUCGAGAGAAUGAAACAACAUCAAGAAGCGGCUGUGCGGCAGCAGCAGCAGCAACAGCAGCAGCAGCAGCAGCAGCAGCAGCAGCAGCAGCAGCAGCAGCAGCAGCAGCAGCAGCAGCAACAUCAACGACAAAGUUCGCCACCGCCACCAAGCCAACCUCAGCAACAGAGCCAAAACAAUACUGGACCUUCGACGCCGCAGACGCCGCAAAUGCAAUCAGCCAGUACGCCUAUUCAACAUAAAGACUUCCAGGAAAGGUUAAACGUCUUCAGGGGUGCCGCUGCAGCAGCCAGCUCGUCCGGUCCUCAUAUCACCGGAGCCGAUUUGGAAGGCUUGGCGGAUAUCUUGAAGACGGAAAUAACUUCUUCUUUAACCAAUUUGAUUGACAGCAUAGUAGCAAGGUUCGUGCAACAGAGGAGGUUUCUCGGUAAGCAAACCGAGGCAGCGCAGGCUGCUGCCGAGCAGCUCAAUAAGGACCUUCUUUUGGCGAGCCAAAUGCUCGAAAGAAAAUCGCCCAGGACGAAAGUAGUUGACAGAGGAGCUCCACAACCACCCGGUGGCCCAAACGGGCCACGGGGGCCCCUCAACAGUGGGCCCCCUCCUCCACAACCCACGGGGUUUUCACAAAUCGGGUCCAUAGGUGGUGUACCCCAUGGCCCUCAUACUGGCCCCACGGAAAACAAUCUUAACCAGAUGAAUCAGCUGCCCUCGCACGCAAGGCCGAGCGUUGGAAUGUUUCAGACUCCAAAACCGCCGACGAUAUACGCUAUGGCAUCCAUGCAAGCGCAGCAACAACAACAACACCAACAGCAACAUCAGCAACAACGCGAGCAGCAACAAAGGGAGCAACAACAACGCGACCAAUACUGCAAUAUGAGAGGUGACGAGAGAGAAAACAGGGACUCGGAACAAAAUGAAGCUCUGUCACUUGUCAUGACGCCGAAGAAAAAACGUCAUAAGUACGGUUUACAGGUGACGGAUACGAGAAUUACUCCGAGAACGGUAUCCAGAAUCCUAGCGCAGGAAGGAAACGGAUCUCAAGGAGGUAGUGAUAGUCCCCCGCCUCCUCCACCACCGAGACCUUACCAUGCGCCACCACCGAUGCUGCCGGUGUCCCUGCCAACCAGCGUAGCGAUACCAAAUCCAAGUCUCCACGAGAGUCAAGUGUUCUCGCCCUAUUCGCCGUUUUUCAAUCCUCACGCGAGUCAUCCUGGUCAAGUACCACCUCCGGGGCCACAUCAUUUACCCGCGAGUCCUCCGGGUGGAGGUGUAGAACUCAGGGAUUCCCCUCCACUGCCCCAUCCGCCAGCUAUGUUGCAUCCAGCCUUGUUGGCGGCAGCCCAGCACGGCAGUCCGGACUACGGACACCUUAGGAUGGACAGCAACGACCGAGCUAGCGACUGUAAUUCCGGCGACAUCAGCUACGAUGGAAUUCAGCCUACAUCGUCGACGCUGACGCCGAUGCAUCUGAGGAAGGCGAAGCUGAUGUUCUUCUGGGUCAGGUACCCAUCCUCGGCCGUCCUUAAGAUGUACUUCCCCGACAUCAAGUUUAAUAAAAACAAUACAGCGCAGCUGGUCAAGUGGUUCUCCAACUUCCGGGAGUUCUACUAUAUCCAAAUGGAGAAAUACGCGAGACAAGCAGUUUCGGAGGGCGUGAAGAACGCCGAGGAUCUCCGAGUCGGUGGCGACUCCGAAAUCUACCGGGUUCUCAACCUUCACUACAACCGUAAUAACCACAUUGAGGUAUGGGGUCCCCAGGUACCCAGCAACUUUAGGUACGUUGUGGAACAGACGUUGAAAGAGUUUUUCAAGGCGAUUCAGGGCGGCAAGGAUUCCGAGCAAAGCUGGAAGAAGUCCAUCUACAAGGUGAUUUCGAGGUUGGACGAUCCAGUGCCGGAGUACUUCAAGAGCCCGAACUUCCUGGAGCAGCUCGAAUGAAUCAGGAGGUCGCGUGGCUCUUGCUCUUCGUGGUGCGCGGGCUCGCCCGCGCUCGUCGGCUCCCGAUAAUCAGGAACGACCAACGAGGGAGGAUUGCAUCCGCCAGGAGGUACACGUCCUUCACGUAGUGCGUGUUCAGGUAUCCUUAAAUAACAUAUCGCAAAAACGAACGAGGGCUAGGAAGGGAGAGGAGACACGGAGACGAAGCCAAGGAACAGAGGCACCAUCGGCGUCCGUGGUCGACGUCAAGAUGCCAACGAAGGAUCAGGCUGUGACUGAAUCAAACAGGAAAGACAGAAGAAACGUACGCAUAUACAUGUGCACACGAACACACACAUACAUAGACAUACGUCCAUUUAAAAAAUACUGCGAAUCUACGGCUGACGAAACUCGACAGUCGCCAAAGUGUCGAACGCUCAUCGACGUUCCUCUUGUUUCAACUGAACGAGCACGAGAAGGUGAUUCCUGGGACGAGACGAAGAAGCACGACGAAUGCGUGGUCAACGAAUGGCGAGAAUAGCUUUUAGCGUCGAUUUUGUCCGAUCUGUUUGUAACGUAGAGUAAUUAUCUCGUUACCGCCUAAUUUUACAUCACACGAUAAGAAUAGGGAUUUAAAGACGAUGACACUGCUGGGGUUAUACUCACAGGGAAAAAUGAAAACUUUUCAAACGUUUGCGAGCAUAUCCAAAGAUUGACUAAGUCUGAACAUCGCACGGCGAUUCCUCUUCUGGUUCGAGCAAGACCUGGAAGCGGAAUCUUCGUCGACCAGAAGCAAUGCAGGACGAGCAGCUUCUUAUCCUGCAUCGUUUCUGUAGAGAAAUAUUUAUGGAUGAGGAGAAAACCCCCUUGCGCUAAGACUAUUUCGGAUAAUCCUAUUUUGAACUCUGCAAGUAACUUCGGUUUUGCGAAAAUCGAUACUCUCUGAAAUAAAAUUCUGAAAAAACUUCUUAUCGCCGAAUGAACACCGUAAUGGCUAUUCAUACUUCGAUAAGAAGGCAUUUUUGCUGCAUACACAUGCUUUUUUCUUUUUUUUUUUCCCCCCCCCCCCCCCCAGGAAAAGUAAAAUCUCCGAAUAUUUAAACGUACGAGGUUCACUUCGAUGCUAUCCGUUAUCAAAAUAUAUACCAAUCUUUCCUUGUAUUAUAGAUAAUUUCGUUUUACAGCAUAUAACUGAUCAACGAGGUUCGAGAUCGACGUGAAAAUGCUUGGCUAUUAAAUUACACCGUGUGAGAAAAUCAUAUAAGAAACGGCGCGAUGAAACGCGAUCGUGCACACAUCGAUACCAAAGAAUCGACUUCACGAGAAUCAAAUGCGUAACGUCAUAUAAAUAAUUGAGCGACCGCUCAUAGCAAUUUCCGCACAAAUAACCUGUUCCUAUCUGCCGAGGAAGAGAUUCCUCCGUUUUCCCGUAUUUUUUCUUUUUUUUUUUUCGCUCGCUAAACAUUACUUGUCGAGUCGAUAAAGAGUACGUUUGUCGAAAAUGCACAUAUUGCAUUGAGAGGAUCGGUGCACGGGUCAAUAUAUAUAGCUGUUUUUAUUAAUGGUUGAUUGUAUAAACGAGAUUAGGCUAGUCGUAGUGACGAGAUUAGGAAUAGAGUACGGGCGACGAAGUUGCAGGUCGGAUGCAAUGUAUGAGAAUCGUGCGCCGGCAGCAUUCAAACUGUAGUGUUGCAAGUCCAAAAAAAAAAAAAAAAGAAAAGAAAAGAAAGCUAAAAGAGUGCUAUAUAAUCGUGCGCCGAUGCGAUAAUUAUAUAAAUAUUAGACUUUUAAAGCGAAAAAGAGAUGGAUAUAUUGGCGUGAUUUAAGUAGCGUAAAGAAAACGUGCGCCAGAGGGUUGCAUAUAACCGCGCUUCCUUUUCUUCGUUUAUAUUUUAAUCCCCGACCCAUCUUACAUACAGACUUACGGACACGCGACACGCACGUCACUUACAUGUAUUUCACCUGCACCAUCAUGCGAUCACGCGCGCGAACAUGCGAGAAAUCAAGGACGGCGCCCUUAUACUCUUACUUGUGACCUUAUUUUUUUUCGCUAGAACUUUCUGUAGAUAAUUACAAGACGGUAUAAAAAUAUUAGGGAUAACUCAAGUAGUAGCGAAUGCACAUAAUUUAACUCAUAUUUUUUCACCAUUAUUCUCGCUACU